AUUCAAUAUUCAUUACCUUCUUCUUUCCUUUAUAUUUAAAAACCUUCUUCUUCUCUCUCUGUACAUCGUCACAACAAAAAAAAAACAGAAGGAGAAGAAACAAAAACAAUAAUCUCAGCAAAAACAAAUCUCUACUCAUCGAAAUCGAAAUCAAAAUAUAGAAACGAUGUCUUGCUCCGUCGCCGUAUGUAAUUCUCCGGUGUUUUCACCGUCGUCUUCUCUAUUCUGCAACAAAUCUUCGAUUCUCUCGUCACCGCAAGAAUCUCUUUCUCUAACGCUUUCUCAUCGCAAACCUCAGACCUCUUCUCCUUCCUCUCCAUCCACCACCGUUUCUUCUCCUAAAUCUCCAUUUCGUCUCCGUUUCCAGAAACCUCCGUCCGGAUUCGCUCCUGGUCCAUUAUCUUUUGGAUCUGAAUCUGUUUCUGCAUCCUCUCCUCCGGGAGGUGUUUUAAAGAGGAAACGACCUACAAGGCUUGAUAUACCGAUUGGUGUUGCUGGAUUUGUAGCUCCGAUUUCUUCAUCGGCCGCUGUGGCUGCGACGCCGAGAGAGGAGUGUAGAGAGGUUGAGAGAGAAGGUGAUGGUUAUUCUGUUUAUUGUAAGAGAGGAAGAAGAGAAGCUAUGGAGGAUCGUUUCUCUGCUAUCACCAAUCUUCAUGGAGAUCGUAAACAGGCGAUUUUCGGAGUCUAUGAUGGUCAUGGAGGAGUUAAAGCGGCUGAGUUUGCAGCUAAGAACUUAGAUAAGAACAUUGUAGAAGAAGUAGUUGGUAAGAGAGACGAGUCUGAGAUAGCUGAAGCGGUGAAACAUGGUUACUUGGCAACAGACGCGUCGUUUCUUAAGGAGGAAGACGUUAAGGGUGGUUCAUGCUGUGUCACGGCUCUGGUUAACGAAGGGAACCUUGUUGUGUCUAACGCCGGUGACUGUCGUGCUGUUAUGAGUGUAGGAGGUGUAGCUAAGGCUUUAUCUUCUGAUCACCGCCCGUCUAGAGACGAUGAACGGAAAAGAAUUGAAACCACGGGAGGAUAUGUUGAUACGUUUCACGGUGUUUGGAGAAUCCAGGGAUCUUUAGCUGUGUCAAGAGGAAUUGGAGAUGCUCAACUUAAGAAAUGGGUUAUAGCUGAACCAGAGACAAAGAUUUCGAGAAUCGAGCAUGACCAUGAGUUUUUGAUCUUGGCAUCUGAUGGUUUAUGGGAUAAAGUGAGUAACCAAGAAGCAGUAGACAUUGCUCGUCCUCUCUGCUUAGGAACCGAGAAGCCAUUGUUGUUAGCUGCCUGUAAGAAGCUUGUCGAUUUAUCUGCUUCACGAGGCUCGUCUGAUGAUAUCAGUGUGAUGUUGAUCCCUUUACGCCAGUUCAUAUAGAAAAGAGAGGCAUCUUAGAAGAUUUUAGAUAUAUGAUAAACGUUAGAAAUUUGGAGGUUUUAUAUGAUUUAGUUCUUUUGUUUAACUUGAUCCAUUCAUUUAUUUAUUCUUUCUAACUUAGUGAACAAAGCUAAACUCAUUGUGGCUUAUGAUUACUUGUAUGAUUCGAGCAUUGGCCGAAAUUAAUCUAAUAAUCGGUUCGUUAUAUAUCUUGUCAUAUGUUUCAAGAUCCUGCAAAUUUCUCUACAGUACAAUACCAACACAGUGCUUGGAAGAGAUUGACUCAAUCUGAAUCAAAGAUUCCUUGUUUUGAUGAAUUUCAAUUCACAACUCCAACAUACAUGAAGUUCAUAUUGAGAUGCAACGUGAAAGAAAUCGACAUGACAAGUGAUCCUGGUCAAAGAGUCACACGGCCAAUAUUGUUUUAAAGUGGAACGAAGGUACAAGAGAAGUUGA